UCUGUAUUUAAAAAAUUAUAUUAUGUAUAUUAUAAAACGCAUGCGUUGAAAAAAAAGAUAUUAUACUCAUUUUUCAUAUCAUGAUAAUCAUUAUCCCCCCAAAUAUGUGAAACACCUUAUCUGAUAAGAUAAAAAGGGCUUGGUUAAUAUGAACAAAUGAUUUUUACACGUAGAUAUUAUUAUUCAUCUCACGUUGAGAGACUCAAUACACCUGUUUAACAUUUGAUUAAUUUUAUUUUUCAAUUAUAUUUAUUGUUUUUAAUAAUCGUAACAUCAUGGCGUCUAUAUUUACAAUUGCCGGUAUCACAAUAAAAGCAUCUAAAAUGAUAAUAAAUUUAAUUAUAUUAAUUCUAUAUCGAACUGGAUAUGGUGGUGAAUUUUUGGGUGUUGGUGGUACAUGGAAUUUAAAUGAAGACAAAAGUCCAGAUGUUGAAAUUAUAGCAUCCGGUGUAUUUGUUGGAUUUUUCAUUUACACUGGUGUGGUACUUGUUAGUUAUGCAUUUGGAACAUUGGAACACAAGAAGACCAUUGUUGAAAUCAUCAUGAAUUUUGUUGGAAUGUUUAUGUAUAUUGCUGUUGGAGCAAUUGCUUUGCAUUACUGGUUUGGCUAUCAAUCUGAGCAUAAAUACGUGCAUGUUUCAUCCGAAAGACAAAUUGGACUGACUCUUGGAUUUCUUUGUAUAUUACAAGGUGCAGCAUAUCUCAUGGAUUGUCUUCUUACAAUUUUUUUCUUUGCAAAAGAUGAUUUUAAUUAACCAUUCAAAAUUUAUCCUUAAAAAUUAACAAAGUAUUAUUAUCUUUGUCACAAAAAAAUUCA